UUCUAAAAAAGAAUGUCCCCAAGGCAAGAAGAUGUUAUUGGCCAGGUGAAUGGUGAUUUCGGUCGUUGGCAAUUGAGAACAAUCCUGCUGAUAUUUUUCUUAAAAAUUCCUUCCGCUUGGUUAAUGGCAGCAAUAAUAUAUACAGCGCCAUCUCCUCGAAAAGGGGAGUACUACUGUAAGCCACCGGAGGCCUUAAAAGAAAAUUUUACCAAAAAUUGGAUUAUGGUUCCACAUUCUGUUCAAGAAGGAACAAAUACAGAUCGCGAAUUUGACAUUGACAUGUGCCAUUUAUAUGAAAACACAAUACAAAACAAUUUUGCAGCAACGCAUUCUAACUAUUCAAAUCCGUUUAGAAAGCCUAAGGCUCAACAAAAGAUUAUACCAUGUGAACAUUUUCAGCACAAUUCAAAGUUUGAGAGCUUGGUGACGCAGUUUGAUUUAGUUUGUUCGCGACAAGUGCUUGUGAGUGUGUCACAGACAUUUCAUACAAUUGGAACUCUUGUCGGAGGGCUGAUAACCAAGAGUGCUUUAAAUCACAUUAGUCCUCGAAAACUGAUGCUGGUCGGAAUGGUUGGCCAGAUUAUUUGCGGAAAUCUAACAGGAAUGAUGCCAAAGUUCAGUUUGCAUGUGAUCUUUAGGCUUUUAACAUCAGCUUUUUGCUGUUUUAUGUAUACUACUGGACAAGUUAUACUUACAGACAUAACAGGUGGACAAGCUAAAGUAAUUGUGAGAUGCCUCUUUGAACUAUUUUGGUCAAUUGGCCUAAUUUUACUACCGGGAAUAUCAAUUUUUGUAGAUGAUUGGAGUCAAUUAUAUUAUGUGAUAUCAUCGUUCACUAUUUUUUUGCUGCUUCUAAAUAGAUGGAUUGCUGACUCACCUCGUUGGCUGGCAAAACAUGGAAAAUACGAUGAAGCACUUCAAGAACUUCUUGAAUCAGCAACAAUUAACAAUAAAAACAUUCCAGUAGACCUUGAAGAACAACUCAGGGAGUAUGGAUCGUUUAUAAAACAUGAUAAAUCUCUAUCUUAUUUAUGCAUUUGGGAUGAAACUACUAACUGGAAGUAUGUAUUAGCCUUGCAUUGGGCUUGGGUUUGGGCCAGUUUUCUGUACAACUCAAUGAUACUGGCUAUUCGACAAUUUGGAGUCGAUCAUAUUCAUAUUAAUACCGUUACUAUGGGUUUUGCAGAAAUGGUUGGUGUCAUACUUGGACUAUUUUUAAUUCUAUACACCAAAAGACAUUGGCUUUGGGCUGGAAUAUCUAUGAUUAGUACGGGAUUAUUGGCAUAUUUGAUUUGGUUAAUACCUUCAAAUCUUGGUGAAACUCAACGAAUCGGACUUGGCAUGAUACUGUGUUUGGGAAUCAAAGGUGCAAGUGCAGUAUCAAUGUCAGUUCUCACAACUUGUUCUGGAGAACUUGUUAGACGAAAUUGCAGACGAACUCUAAUGGCUUCAGUUGUAAUUCACAGUCGAUUUUGGCUUAUAUUUUCAUCGUUAUCAUCAGCAUUGAGUCUAAUUCAUAGUUUGGCACCACUGACAAUGUUUGCCUCAUUAGCUGUUUUAAAUGGACUUCUAAUGUGUUAUCUUAAUACUGAGUUUUGGAGUAAAGAACAGCAGGGUUCAGCUCGGGUACCAUCAUUAGCGGUUUAUAGAAAAAGCUUGGCAUUUAUUCGAAUGAAACGUAAACCAGUGAUGCCAAACAAAAUUUCCAAAUUGGAAUUUUCACGAAGUAUAAGCAUAAGGGAUCUGUGGAUGGAAUCAAAGCAGCAAAAAAGCAAAUAUGUCAGGAAUUCGGUUUGA